AUGCCAACCUCCCCGGAAGAAAACGCCUGUGACUCUCCAUAUUCUUCGGUAUCGGAUGACUUUACGAUGAACAAUAUAUAUUUUUCUUCAAACGAAAUAUCUCAAGAUAACCCUUCAACUUUACUGGAUCCAAAAUUAGAAGUAGUUGACUCGAAUACCCCUUUGUUUUUCAUAACUUUAACUCCACAACAAACUCCAACUCGAGAGUUACAAUCCCCGGUCACUCAAAACGAUCCACAAGCAGAUCGACAAUGUCAAGCGCAGGAUAUCAGUGAUAAAGGACUUCAAAUACGUGUUCUCGGAGUUCCACAGACUGGUGCAAAAUCUCGUGUAGAAACACAAAUAAAAUUAUGCUUACAACUCGUAACUGAUAAAGGAGAAAAGGUUCCAUUAUGGUCACAUCUAAGAUUACCCGAAUACAUGGUUGCUAAAGAAAAACUUAAGACAAAAAAUGCAAGAAAUCCACAGGAUAGCGCAAUGAAUAUUUCAGAAAAAGGUGUUUUAAAUUUAGAGGCUACAGUUGUAUGUGCAAGUGAAAUGCCAAAAAAAGUUCUUACAUGCCUUGGCUGUGUUCAACGUUUAUAUAAAAUUUAA